AUGGAGGAGAAGCAGGAGGAGAGGCAGGAGCCGCGCACGGACGUGCCCUCGGGGGAUGGCCCGGUGCGUCGGUCGCUCUUCGAGGUGCCGCCGCCCGAGGUGCCCGGCGACGUCUUCGAUCGCCAGCGCGUGAUGGUCUCGUGGCAGCAGAAAAAGGUGGAAGAGGCGACGGCGCUGGUGCUGGGCUGCGGCGGGCUGGGCAACGGCGUGGCGAUGGGCCUGUGCCGGCUGGGCGUGCGGAAGCUGAUCCUGGUGGACAUGGACGACGUCGAGGCCACCAACCUCAACCGCCAGAUCCUCUUCACCAAGGACGUCGUGGGCAUGCGCAAAGUUGACGCGGCCAAGCUUGGGCUUGAGUCGGUGCACAAUCUGCGAAGCGAGUUCGAGACGCUGCACAUCGACGCCGUGAAGGAGUGGCAUAAGGUGGUCGAAGCGGCCCGCCGGGCCGACGUCAUCUUCAACUGCAUCGAUCACGGUGCGAUAUACGACUACGCGACCAACUCCCUGGCCAAGGUGCUGGGGGUGCCGCUGGUCACGGGCUCCUCCUACGCCAAUACUGCCCUCGUCAACUUCUACACCGGGCGACCAGGGAUGGCCUGCUGGUCGUGCCUCAACACCACCAGCGAGAGCUUCGAGUGGACACAGCAGGAGCUGGAGGAGUGGAUGAGCAAGAAGGGCCACAGCACGUUCGGGGUUGCGGAGCUGUUCAGCUUCCUCAAAAACCAGGCCCACAUGGAGGGUCUGCACGUCAAGGACGCCGUGGCGACCGGCCUCGUCGACUUCUGGGCGGGCAGAGACGACGGACGCGCCGCCGAGGAGAACGUCAUCCCCAUCAAAGACAUUAGGACGUUCUUGAUCAAGUUUGUGCAGCCGCACAUCCUGUCACUCCUCUCGCAGGAGCACAUCAUGAACCACGAAAGCAUCGGGUUCAUCCCCAAGGACAAGAACUUCCCCACCCGCUACGUCGGCAGCUGGGUCUGCGUCUGCGUCAGCGCCGCCCUCCUCAUGGUGAACGCGUGGGCACAGGAUCUGGCAGGCGAGGCGGUGGCCAACUACAACAACUUCACCCUCAACACCUUUCACGCCUCCAACUCGCAGCAGGACGGCGCCGACGGCAAGUCCGACUCCUUCUGCGUCAUCUGCAAGCACGCAUCACCCCAACAACAACAACAGCCAGCUCAGUGA